AUGGUCCGCAGUGCUACGCAGGCGGCCAUAGAGUCAGGAGGGGCGGAUGCGGCGGCGGAAUCUGGGGGGAACGGCUCUGGGUGGGUAAAUAUUCCCCUUCAGCCGUGGGUUGAGGGGCAACCGCCCGUUGAAAAGGACGUAGAGGAUGCAUACGUGCCUACAGAAGAGGAGGUGGCAGCUGCAGCAGCGGAUUCGGCGGGCGAGAACGAGGUGGAGGUGGAGGUGGAGGUGGAUGAGGAGGGGGUCGGGGAAACUAGUGUAGGACGCGGAGGAAGGAGUGCACGGGGACGAGGCCAGGCAAGGGGACGGGCUGGCCGCGUGCAGGGUCGUUCGAGCGAAGGAGCAACCGAAGUUCACGGUGGGAGGCGCGCCGGCGGUACCUCAAGAGGUGGACGAGGAGGUGGGAGGGUUGGUCGUGUGGCGCAGGGGGGUGGCGACGCUAGAGCGGAGGGUUCAGCCCCAGUAGAGGACGGCCCGUCACGUGCUGACACGCAGCGCAACGAGGGGGUUGGGGGCACGCCGUUGCGAGCUGGUGGCACCAGUCGUGGCGGCGCGACGUCGGGUGGAAGGCAGCGUAGGACGAAGCGUCAAAGGGAUGUGACGCCUACGGAUCCGUUCCGUCGAUUCGUCAAACUGCUGAACCCUGGGGCCGAGCGGUUGCUAGGGACGCGGUAUCGGCUGGCACGAGACAUGCAGGCAUACGCAGAUGCUGCCAGGGAGGAGUUGAAGCAGGAGCUGAUUGGUGAUGGUCUCGCUGGGCGGCUGUCGCUGAGUACGGACAUCUGGACCAUGCAGGCGGCAUUGAAGAAAGAUGUGGUGACAGAGGCGCUGAAGCGUCUGCGAGCUGUGUGUUCGUACGUCGGGUGGUCAGUCCAGCGCUCGGAGAACUUCGCACGGCAGCAGCGCAUCCUGCUGCGGCGGGAUGAUGCACCCGUGCUUCGUCUGAUUGGCGACUCGCCGACACGAUGGGGGUCCACGUAUGACAUGAUCGUCCGUGCGUUGGAGCUGCAGCAGGCACUGGCCUUGCUCCUCAUGAGGACAGACGUGAGUGGUGGUGGUACUGAGCGUGGAGUGACUGCAGCAAUGGGCUGGCUGGAUAACGUUUUCGACUAUGAUUGUUUGACUAGAAUGACCAUCACGAAGGCAGCCGAGGGUUCCUUGUACCCCACGGCUGCCUCGGUCGUGCCGCUGUACAACCAGCUGCUGGACAAGCUGGAAAUCUCCUUCUGCAAAGAGGGUGUCACUCCCCUCCGACAGGCUCUCAUCACUGCAGCUCUUGACAAGCUGAAGAAGUACAAGUACGGGGAGAAGGAAGAGCUGGUGGUUGCCACCUUCCUGGACCCCCGCUACAAGACAGUCUUCUUCCAGCUGCCGAAAUGGGAGGCGCGCAAUGCUGCGCACGUGACAGAGGUGGGGGGGUGUGCUAGGAGGGUGCAGGAUGUGGAUGAAGGGACGGUGAUACGGCUGGUGCGUGCGCGUAUGGCCGAGUAUCAGGCGCGGGUGAGCAGCCGCCGGCAGGGUGGUGAGGUCACGAGUGAUACCGGGGGGGCCACUGGGCCUAGCAGCGUGACUGGUGGGGCCUCGGGCACGACGGGGGCUGGUGGAGGUGGGGGAGGGGGCUUUGAGCACUCCAUCUUUGACGAGAUGGAUGCCCUGGAGGCAGCUGCUGGAGGGGGGGCACAGGAUGAGGUGGACCGCUAUUUGGCCGAGCCGAGGCAGAGAGGUGGUUGUCCGCUGGCUUUCUGGCGGGCGAGGGAGGAUUUCACAGUUUUGAGAGAGAUGGCGCGUGACUAUUUGGCUGUGCCCGCUACUUCUGCUGCUAGCGAGCGAGCCUUUAGUCAGGGGAGGAACAUUAUUACAUGGCAGCGCCACCGCCUUACUGCUGGCCGCGUACGCGCCGUCAUGGCAAUUAAGUCAUGGAUGGAGCAGAACACUAGCGGCAGGAGCCUCAACAUUGCAGGUGCCGCUCGGGUGCUCGAUGACCUUUGUUAUGAGGGUGAGGGUGAUGGGUUCUGA